AUGGGUGUGGUUGAGCGCGGCGUCCAGAUGCUGCUGACCACGGUGGGUGCCUUCGCCGCCUUCAGUCUGAUGACCAUCGCGGUGGGUACGGACUACUGGCUCUACUCGCGCGGGGUCUGCAAAAUAAAGACUACUAACGAGAACGAGACCAGCAAGAAGAACGAGGAGGUGAUGACCCAUUCUGGCCUGUGGAGGACCUGCUGUCUGGAAGGUAAUUUUAAAGGCAUGUGUAAACACAUCGAUCACUUUCCUGAAGACGCAGACUAUGAAGCCGAUGCAUCAGAGUAUUUCCUGCGUGCGGUUCGGGCCUCCAGUAUUUUCCCCAUCCUCAGUGUCAUCCUGCUGUUCGUGGGUGGCCUCUGUGUCGCCGCCAGCGAGUUCUACAAGUCUCGACACAACAUCAUCCUCAGCGCGGGAAUCUUCUUCGUAUCCGCAGGUCUGAGUAACAUCAUCGGGAUUAUCGUGUACAUAUCAGCCAACGUGGGCGACCCGUCCAAGAGCGACUCGAAGAAGAACAGCUACUCGUACGGCUGGAGCUUUUACUUCAGCGCGCUGUCCUUCAUCAUGGCGGAGAUGGUGGGCGUUCUGGCCGUUCACAUGUUCAUCGACCAGCACCGGGAGCUACGCAUGGCUCGCGCUCGGACCGGCGGAGGAGGAGACUAUCUGCAGGGAUCCGCCAUCAGCAGAAUCCCCAGCUACCGCUACCGUUACCGGCGCAGCUCGCGCUCCUCCAGCCGCUCCACCGAGCCCUCGCACUCGCGCGACGCUUCACCCGUGGGACUCAAGGCGUUCGGAGCGCUGCCCUCCACCGAUAUCUCCAUGUACGCGCUGAAGACUCCACACGGCACGCCACCGAUGUACAACUCCGAGAGAGAGCCGGACUUCCUACAGGUGCACAACUGCAUCCAGAAAGACUCCAAAGACGCCAAUCGUCGCACCACACCUGUAUGAGACUACAGGUGCGGUGUCUGUGGUGCCUCCUACAGGUGAGGAGGAGAAUCACUCCACCCAGAAGCUGACUGACUGAUUUCUAACACUAAUGAUGAUGAGUUUACACAUUGAAGUCCAAAAUGGAAAAGUGAAAUGCAUGUUUUUCGUAUCUUCCAUAAACUAACAAGUUUUCAACCACGUGAUGAGUCAGAGCUGAUGACGACAGCGUUUGGACUGAAAGCUCUUUUCGUGGUGUUCAUUUCAUUUUGUUGCACAUAAAUACUGUGAACCUUCGUGGCCGCUGUGAGCCCAGGGAAAACAAUCCCACAAACUGGCCGCGAUUUAUAUGUCAUUAUAAACGUAUUAAUGAUACAUGACUAUAUAUAUAUAUAUAUAUAUAUAUAUAUAUAUAUAAUAUGAAAAGAUACAUACAUAAAUAUAUGAACAUCUGUUAAUAGACCACACAUAGACUUCUUGAUUCAAGAAGACGCAAAAAACA